AAAUGAAAAAUAGCUCAUAAGCAAAUCUAAUGCAGAAAAAUAAAAAGGUAUUUCGCAAAAGACGCAUUAGGAAAGUCGUUUCAGCACAAAUUUAAUAAAGACAAAUUUUGAAAGGCGAAAAAGGUUGAAAUACAAACGUUGGAGCUGCGAAAACAGACGUGUAGAAAUUGAAGCGACAGCUACGCACUUAAAGGCAAAAAGUGAGACUACAAUACACUCAAUUAGUGCUGAGUUUGGUCCUAGUCAUGAACCGCUGUGUCUUACCAGCAUGGGAUCAGUUACCCUUUGUCGUGUUGGGUAAAAUAUAUAACUACCUGGAACCACAAGAUCGAUUAAACGCGUCGCAAACGUGUCGUCUCUGGCGUGGGGUGCUUUUCCAAAAGAGAUUUUUCAGCAACUUUAAGUUUACAUUACAAAUAAACAAUGAACGACAAUACACGUUUUUUCGGCAAACCCUUUGUAAUUUGGCAACUGAAGUUACCAUUAAUUUUGACUUUAUGAACGUUUUCCAUAUCGAGAAAGUAAGAAAAAUCCUAUACAGGAUCGCACGUUGUAAUAAUCUGCGAGGUUUACAUUUCUCCACAAGUAAUAUGGGCAUAAUCGCUCCUGGGAUUAAAAAUAAGGAAAAACUUAUCGAUAUUGAACAAUGUUUCAUAGAGCCUCUGAAAAUGUUUUUAAAUCGUAAAAAUUAUCCAUGUAAAAUAUUGGACUUAGGUGCGAUUGAAGCUUUAACCUACUAUGGCUUUGAAAUACUAAAAUCCUUAGGCAAACCUGACGCAUUGCUCCAGUUAACUCUGGCUUCAAUUAAGUUCGACUCCUGUAAUUAUGCCAUACCUACCAUAGAGCCUUCGUUGUUACAAAAAUGUUCUUCACUGCAGGCUUUAUCGCUUGAUUACGAUUGUUUAAAUGAGAAUCUAUUGCAUGCCAUGGAAAUACUACCAUUGAAAAAGCUUUUAAUCUGUGUUCACAAUGUAAAUCGUCAACAUCCUGGUAUAUCCAAUAAAUCUUGGGCUCGAUUUGGAGCUACUUUUCCCAAUAUCGAUUUAAUUGUGUCAUUGGUAUACGCAUUUGAAGCGGUUGAAGUGCUGCAAGUACGCAUACUACGACGUAGUAUGCCUAUAACACAUUUGCGCGUGCUAUUUUGUGACAUUAUGAACGCAGAGGCCUUAGAUUGGAUGUCUAUCAAUAAUAGCAGCACGCUGAAGAGUAUACAGUGGAUAGAUUCAGCAUACAAACAUUCCAAUAAAAAUGUGAUGGACUUGUUUAUACGAUCCGGUCAAGAUCCCUUCGUUAUGAUGGCUUGGCGUUGCAAAAAUUUGGAGGAAAUCGUAAUACAUGGCUAUGUAAUAGAUCCUCAUAAUAUUGUUGGUAUGUCACGUCUGCGCGGCAAAUCCCUUAAGCGCCUAGAAAUUUCAAUGAUUGACCAAACCCCAACAGAAGCAAGCAUGGACUCGUUCAUAGAUGAAAUAAAUACCUUGCUUGGCCACAAAUGGGAACCCAUACCCCCAAAUAAAUUACAUCCAGCACUAGGUUAUAUGCCAGUGACAGAUGAUGUACGUGAUAAAUACGUCUUCGAUCUCAUGCGCAGUGAUAUGGGCUAUUAAGAUUAAUUGCAACCACUUAAGCGAAUUUAGGUUAACUAUAGAUUUAUAACGAACAUAAAAAAUAUGUAAAGUAAUAAUACAUAUUCAUUAAAACCAACAUAUGAGCGCAAAAACGUCGUGCAUAGCGAAAAUACCUUAGCAAGCUCCACAGAGACAAAAACCACAACCAAAGUAAAAGUAAAAGUUGAAAUAUAAAAGCAUUGCAGUGAUACUUUUUUCAAUAACUUUAAAUCACAUAUAGUAUGUUAAUGCGAAAGAGAGAAUAUUGGUAAAUUCAAACAACUAUCAAUUGAAAAGCAAGAUUUAGUAUAAAAAAUCACAAAAAACGAAAAAUGUGGAAGCAUCAAAACUCAAUUACCUACAUAUUCAUUACUAUAUAAAUAUAUAUCUAUAGGCGAUUAUAGUUUAAGAAAAAACAAUAACAACCACUCUUGUACUAAAAGAGGGAAAAAUUAAUUUGUAAUUAAAUAUAUGACAUUGACAUUGACUCAAAUGAAACACAAACCUAACAAAGAUAAAGAUCCUUAUAAAAUCACAAAUCGCUCCCGGAGAAAACAAUUUAUUGGCAAUGGAAACCACAAAGAAAACAUCGACCAAAAACGGUGUCGGAAUGCCACAACAUCUAAUAUGAGCCAUGGAAGUCUAACAACAAGCCGGACUUAUCUUCAGAUGUUAUACUCCAUAUUACUCAAAGCAUUCUAAUUGUUUAUUUAUAGUACGAAUAGUACACCGGAAUAUUGUAACAACAAGAACAAUGUAUUGUAGAUUUCACUAAAGCAGCGAAAGUAAUUAUUUCAUAAUUUUUAUAUAGACCUACAUAUACACACAUAAACUAAUAAGCAUUGUGUUAUAUAUGAAAAGCUCAGAUAUAUUCCAUAUUAUUUUAUUUCUUUGUUUUAUAAAAAAAUAACUAUAAAGAAAAUAAUUUUACUUCACUUGUACGUUUCUAUAAUUGGGUCACUAAAUAACAGAAAAGAAUAACAGUUGCACAUAACCUAAAAUUGACGUUAAUUUAUUGCCAAUAACGGAAUUAUUUAAUACUUAUUUAUGUUCAUCCUCACAAUUUAGGGCUUAUUAGCUGCAGGAAUAAUUACAAUUACAUUCGAAAAUUUUGAUUUCAAAACUAAAAAAAAUAUAAAAUUGUGCUAGUUAAUAUUAGUUAUUUCGAAAAAUGUAAAUUUUGCAAACGAUAAACAUGAAAAAGGAUAGAAUGUAAAUAUAUAAAUAACAUCGAAUAUAUAAAAAGAAAUCAAAAAAGUAGCAACAUAUUAGGCAAAGGUGCCGACUUACAACUCCCAAAGGCACCCGUAGAAAAAUAAAAAUUGAAAUAUGUAUUUAUAUUUUUGUGAAUCUUUAUAUAAUUAAUGCAAAUGCAUAAUAUUUCUUAACCGCAUUUUUGUUCACAAUACACUUACUACUGCAACAAUUAUUAUAGACAUAAUUUAAUAGAACACUGCACUGUAAACAACAAAAUAAGCAGGUGCAUUUGAUGACAACUAAACGCAUUCAAAAGUAUAUUUUACACAUGAAAAAAUUGUUUGAAAUUAAACGCUUAUUUGUAUGUAAUUUGUUCAGCGACAAAUGGGUGUUAAACUUUUGUUUUAAGAAAACUGUAUAUUUAUGUAACUGUGUGUAACCAUUCUACAAGUGUAAACGAGAUUCAAAAGACUUAAGACCAUUAUGAAUGUUAUGAUGAAGAACGAGCGAACGUUAAUUUAAAGUUAAUAUGACGAAAUUCAUGAAAUUCGAAUUGAAGUGAAUGGAAAUCUCUUAGAAAAACAAACUGAACAAAUAUUGAAAAACAAACAACAACAACAUUAAUAUUUUGUUUAAUGUGAAACAAAGCUGUGAUUUUAUGCAAGCCAGCAUACGUUAAGAAUGCAACAACAACAAAAAAACGACAAACAACAACAACAACAAAAUCCAUUGUAAGAUGAAGAACAUAUAUUAUAAUUAAAAUGUUUAGAUUAGUUAAGUAAAAUUUGUUGACAGCAAUUAAUAAACAAAUAUCGAUAUGUAUGUGCGUACAGUGGGCAGAGAGCUAAAUUUUACAACAACAUGUGUUAAACUAUUUUAAAGCCUAAAGAACAAAAGUCUCAUACCGCAAACAGAAUACACUUUUACAAAUAAACAAUGAAAUGGUCAUGAAUAAUAUUCGAAUAAUCCAAAACAUAUCUUUAGAAAGGAAAACAUUUAAUUAUAACAGUCAAAUUUAAGCUCAGCACUGACAUACAUAUGUACAUACAUAUAUGCAUGUGUUUCGAACAACUUUUAAGUACAUAUAAUGUGCCUGAUAAAUUUUGAAAUUAUAUUUAUUUGACUUAUGUGUUAAUUUAAUAGCAUUCCAAAUCUUUUUAUAAGCCUAAGAGCAUUUUACAAAAACUAUAUACAUAUACAUUUUUAUAUUAGCCAGAAUUAGAAAAAAAUCCUUGAAUACUACAAUUUUUGAUGAUUAUAAAUACGUGCUGUUUGGAUUAUAUAAGCCGAUCUUGUCAUUACCAAAUUUUAAUUUUUUUAUGAUUAUAAAAAUAUCUUUAAAGGGCACAACAAUGAACACAUGUAUUUUUUUUAUAUGUAACUUACAAACGUCACCUUUACCUGUGUACUGUUAUUUACCAUUUACAAAAUAAGAUCAUCUAAAUUAGUAUUAUUACAAUUGUAAUUUAUUUUAAUUAAAGCUCUCUGCUCAAUCCAGCAGAAAAUAUGUUAGUUACCUUUACAUAAUAAGCUCAAAUGUCAACAAUGCUCAAAAGAUGCUGGUAAAGUGUGCACAUUUGUUUGAAAGUAGACCACAUAAAGUGUUAGAAGUGUAUAUAAAACCAAAUUUAACAGCAUGAACCUGUUUUUAAGAACCUAACGUGGUACAAACUUAGAAAAAAUUCCAACUACUCAGUACCAAAAUGCACGAACAAACAAAAACACAUACACAAAAGCAGAGUAUGCAUUAUGAAAAGCAAAAAACAAAACAUAAACAACCAACAACCAACAAAUUGUGAUGCAAAGUAUAAUUAUGAAUAUAUCAACCAAGUAAUUUAGCGAGGAGAGAAUUGAAAGACAAACAACAAAUUUAUUAACAGCUUCUGUAUGUCAAUAAAAUAAGAACAAAUGCAGCCAGGGCAAAUGGUAAAUAUUAUAUGUAUAUUAUAGUACGUACACAACACAAUUGUACCAAUGUACUCGUAUAUGUAUGUAUGGGCAAACAAAUGUACAUGCAUAUGUAUUAUGCAAUUUAAAUGAUAUGUGAUAUGCGUCCGCCAUAACAACAAUAAGUUAGCGGCAAGCAACAACCUACUACAAAAACAAGCAAACGCAACAUCUAAACAAAGAGUGUUUUAAGUGAUAUUAACUAUUUAAUAAAAAAAAAACAACGUGAACAACAACAACAACAACAAUUAUAGUAAUAGCAUUGUAAAUUGUAAAAUGGCAAAAGAGCUUUUAAUAUAGCUUUUAAAGAAGAACAGAAUUAAAAACAAACAGAAAGGCAGUAUGUGAAGUUUGCCAAAUCGAUAAAUAAACAACAUUGUGCUAUAGAAAGUGUUAAGAGAAGCAGCAAUCAAUAAAUCAAUGUGAUCCUUAAUGAUUAUAACUUGAAAUCAAACUGCUUAAGACAUAAGAAAAGAGCAUUUCAUUUACUAGUGUUCCACAAACAACAAACAAAAACUGAAACAGAGCAGCCAAAAAGAUUUGUGAAUCUAUGUAUAUUCUUAUUAUUUUUGGAAGCAUUAACCCUGACUAGCCAUAAAAAGCGCAUUGACAUUCUCUUUUAACAUUUUCGUAAUUUUGUGCCAUAGCAAAUUGUUAAGAAUAUACUUUGGGAUUAUCUUUAAAAAAAUAAUUGAUGAUGGUAUUCUUGUACAUAGUAAUUGCUCUACUCAUUUGAAUCCUAAGAUUUCGUUCCAUUUCAAAAAGGCAGUAUUACAUUCUAAAUGUUUCAAUAAUAUAAUAAAGUUGUGCCGUUAGCACAAAAACCACAAUUUGGCAUCUAGCUAACACUCAUAAUGUCGAAAUUAAAUAUUUCAUCCAUUCGCGUUGAAUACGAAUAUAUUACAACAGAUUCAAAAUCAGCAAAAUGUAAACAAAAAAUACUUGAGAAUACAAGUAAAAUAAAAAGAUAAUUUGACAGUAAAGAUUAAAAGAAAUUUUCGUAGAAGAAACACAUUUUCUAGCUCAUGACAUUCAGCAAAUAAGUCAGUUGACAGCUUUGUAUUUCACCAUUCUUCAGUUGAAACAUUGUUAGAGCAAGAGAUACGUAAAAAUUUUCAAAAAAUUUAAUAGAAAUUAAGAAGAUUAUAGAUUCACAAUAUUUUUGGUUUUUAAAGUUGAGCGAGCUGCACAAAUAUUUUGUGAAACUUUUACAUAUAUGUAUCCAAUAUUUUGGUCAACGUUUGAUUUCAAUGAUUAGGUUAAAAUUUUUGGUAUUAUUAGAAAACUGUUCAAUACUAUAUAAAUGUGUACUAAAGUGAUAUCUUUCAAUAGAAAAACAAUGAAUAUUUACGAAAAUUUUUUCUUGAAAAAAGUUACUCUAAUUUUUUUAUUUAGUGUUAUAUUUUGUCAUUCUCUAAUUAAUGAAUUAUUUCAUAAUAUGAAUUGAACAAUUUGAUAUGAUUUGAUACUUAAAAAAGUAUUAAAUAAAUUUCUAAAUUAAUAUACUUAUGUAAGUUCGGAAUUUUAUUACUUUUUUUUUAAUUUUUUUAUUCUUUUUGGUUUUCCCUUUUUUCUUUCAAUAUGAGAACUUUUGGUUAGAAGGGUUGACAUCUUGUUGACCUGAUUAAUAUUUGAUAAUAUAUCCAGAAUUUUGUAUUGAAACAAUGGCGAAACACAGUACAGUACAGGCAAAGACAUAAAACACUAUAAUCGAAACUUCAGUUCUAAUUCAAAGGCGGCAAGAAGACGUCAUAUAAAAUACAUAUGUAUAUGUAAUUAAAAAGCCGUUACGAUAGCUGUAGAGUAAAAGAAAUCUCUUUCUUAGUCUUUUAUUGAACAAUCCACGUUUCAUUCCUAUUCGAAAUCAUACUUAAGUGGGGAGGAGGUUAUAGACUUUUUGGUAUGGUCGUGCUGCUAGAUUAUUAUAAGGAAAACCAAACGAUUUUUUCUUUUCAUGAUUCUAGAUUUCUGUUGAAAGAUAUCGUUUAAAUGCAUCAUUUCAAUGGAGAGCUAUGUACUUCUGAAAUUGAAUGUGAGUAUUAGUAGCAAAGGUCGUUAAGACAUACAACAUACGCUUAUAAGAAAAUCAAUUUAAGCAAAUAAAAAUAUUAACAACAAAUAUUAACGACACCGAUAUACUAUGUAUGUAUAUACACAAACACUUACAUCCUUAUACAUACAUAUAUAUAUAUAUAUAUAUAUAUAUAUAUAUACUUAAUGUAGGUACAUAUAAAAUUGUUAUAACAACAACAUGAAUGAUAAGAAAUGAUAAAAUCAUUAAGAGGAGCUGUGAUAAUCAAAUUAAACGGAGAAAUGAUAAACAACAUCCGAAAAAUUAAGAUUUGAAAUAAAAAUAAGCAAAAGACCCCAGAAAAUAACUGAAUUAUACGAGAGCAUUAGCAUGAACGUUACAAAUGCUCAGCUCGAAUUACCAUACACCUUAACUGUUAAUCGCAAUUACAUACAUAUAUAAAAUGGCGAUAGUUGAGUAUUAGAGAAAGAAAUAAUCACAUUACGUGCAAUUUAAAAAGAGAAUAUGAAAACAAAAUCACAAUAAAUCGUUAUUUAUUAUUUAUAACUAUUAUUGUAUAAGAAACCAGAAUUGUCAAAAAUUGUAAAGAUAAAGAAGAUAAAGUAAACAAAAUUUAGUCAAAUGGAAGUUUUAAACAAAUAUUUGCCUACUAGCGGCCGUAAAGAUACGUUUCGAUAUGCGUAAAAUAUGAAUAUGUGGCAAACCCAUUAGUCUUUUUCUUGAUUAAUCCGAGUACUUUUGUAUGUACAUAUGUAUUAGUUCACCUGCACCUGCCUUAAUUUUUUAAGUUUUUCUCCUUUAAGCAUUGUCCAGUUUUGCAUUACAUAUGUAUAUCAUAAAAACUUAAAACGAAAUCACAAACAAAUAUCUUAAAAGUAUUUAAAUAAUUUAUUACCAUUAUGAAAAUAGUUAUUUUUGAAAAAGUAAUUUUUAUUACAAUUUGGAGAAGUUAAUGUGAAAAUCGCAGUAAAGGAUUUAAGAUACUGCUAACUCUAGCUUUACGGUCGCUAGUGCUUAGGAUUAAACGACACCGCCAUUUUUAAUUUAAUAAUUUUCUGUAAUAUUUUACGAUUAUCUGAAGGCCGUAAUAACCCAAAGCUCUUACUGAAAAUUUUAAAAUUUUAAUUUUGAUUAAUUAUUUCAAUGUUCGAUUUCUCUAACUGCGAUCAGAGCAGCUUAUUCCAAGAUCGACCUGUGUUCUGCGCAUUGUCCAUAUGAAUUUAAAUAAAAUGUAAUUUGCGAUAAUAA